GCAUCCAACAACCAUGUCUGGAGUGAAGGGACACCAAAAGAAAAGUGCAGACCCUUGCCCACCCCCGCAAAAGUCCUACCAGGACCCUUGUGCACCAGAGCCAUGUCAGGAACCAAGGCUUCCCCCUCCACAAGUUUGUGAACCAGAGCCCCAAGUUUGUAACCCAGAGCCACAAUGUAAGGAGCCAGAGAUUCAACAAGUUUGUAACCCCGAGCCACAAUGUAAGGAGCCAGAGAUUCAACAAGUUUCCAAUCCAUGUAAGGAGCCAGAGCUUCCACAAGUUUGUGAACCUGAGCCACUAUGCCCUCCCCCCCAAGAGAAAUGCACACAAUCUCAUCAAAGAAGAGAACACAAAGGUGUCAAGAAGUAAAAAACUGUACACUGAAAAAGCAGCGACAGCCUUAUGAAAUGUAUCAUGCUUUCUCUACUUCAUGUUUGCC